CCACUGCUAAAUAUCGAGUAGCCUGGCGCGCCGCAACAAAAGUCUAUAACGAACAGCGCUUCGCCCACGGCCAUGACCCCCUCUAGAGCUUACACUCCUCCCGUAUCUCCAAAGCUCAAGAAUACCAACCUAUCCUACACUAUCCUUCCCCAUGGUGCACCUCCAGUCUCCCGUCCAAUCCGACGCCCGAAAAAAAUUAUUUAUCUGGCCGCCAUAUUCUUUCUCCUCUAUUGGUUCGGUAUCCGUCACGGCUUAGGAAGGGAACGAUUACCGAUUCCGCCGCUUGGAUAUGCUGUGAAGGGCGGUCGUCGGGGGAGGAAAUCUAGCCUGGCAUGGCACAGUAAAGGUAUGGCAACGCUCUUGCAACCUCAGCCAGGCACUAAACAGGAGCACCCAAUUUAUGAGCUGAUGGAGCGCGCCGAAACGCAUUGGACGUCCAUGCUGGCAUCCCAGUCAACUACCUUGCCGCAGGCGGUUGCCCAAUACCGGAAAAGAUAUGGUAUUGCUCCUCCUUUGGGCUUUGAUGCCUGGUUCGACUUUUGCAAGCGACAUGACAUCAAAAUUAUCGACGAGUACGAUCAAAUGAUGAAGGAUAUCCUACCGCAUCACGCGCUGCCCCCAGUUAUGUUCAUUGCUAGAAGUAAAGCCUUAGAAGGCGCGGCGUACACAUAUACGCUAGACAUCAGCCAAGAACAUGUCAACAUCACAGGCGAAAGAUCGUCAUACGAUAGACCCCAACACUUGCUGAAAUUGAUUGCAGGGUUCAAAGGAGAUCUCCCCCCUGAGUUUCGUUUGAGAGUAACAGGAAGUGAUCACAAUACUGGGAGUGUAGUCUUAGGUAUGGACCAAAGAAUGAGGGCCAUGGAAUUAGUGCAGCAGAGCAAGCACUUCGACGAGGAUGAAUUAAAAUCUCUGGAGGAUCCCUACCGUACACCUGCGUGGGGAUGGUUCAAAGCAUGUCCACUUGAUUCUCCCGCAAAUAUCCGACCUUGGUCUGAGAAUGCUACCGAUGAGUUUCAACCUAAAUCUUUUAUCCAUGACCAUUUGCCUAUAAUGGACUUUUGCGAAUACCCGGAACUCAAGCGACUCCACGGCGCCAUGUCUCUUGAUUACGCAAAUCGUUCGCCUUCGGUCCUAAAACCAAUCCUAGUUCUUUCUAAAUUCCCUUUCGAUUCCUCUUUCCAAACUCCCCCUAUGGAAGGUUACAUGAACAUCACCGAAGAAGAUGUACUUUUCCUGGAUAGAUGGGAAGAUAAAACAGACAACCGUUUGUUCUGGAGAGGAUCGACAACUGGUGGAUACACGGCUCAGAGGGAUUGGAAAGACAGUCACCGGUUGAGAUUGCAUCUGAUGAUCAACGGGCCCAAGGGAGGAAACGCCUGGUGGGAUCAGCAGUUGAGGGAUGUUAUGGUGCCAGAUGGAGAGGGAGGCUUUAAGAUCGUAAGAAGAUGGGAGAGAGUAUUAAGCAAAGCAUAUGCGGAUGUGAAACUGUCCGGCCAACCCGUACAAUGUCCUUCAGAAGAAAUUUGCAGGGAAGUCGCAGAUACUAUUGAAUUCGGAAAGAAAGUAUGGCCUGAUGAGGCAGCAGUGUACAAAUACAAUCUUGAUGUCGAUGGGGACGGCUGGUCGUCGAGAUUUCACAGGCUCCUCAUUUCAGGGAGCCCUGUUAUCAAGUUUACAAUGUUUCCCGAGUGGCAUCAGGAAUGGCUCACUCCUUGGUACCACUAUAUCCCUCUCAAACCCGACUAUUCUGAUCUGUAUGACAUUAUGGCGUUCUUCGUUGGACCUUUGGAUGACGCAGGUCAUGUCGACUUCAGCAAGGGGCAUGACUAUUUGGCCAAAAAGAUUGGAAACGCUGGCCAGAAAUUCGCGUUAGAGCACUCGUCAUGGGUAGAUAUGCAAGCCUACAUGUUCCGAUUGCUUCUUGAAUUACAGCGCCUGCAUUCUUUGAAUCGAAGUUCAAUGAGCUACAAAGCCCAGUAAGAAAGGGAUAGCUGUAGAAAGAAGACGCCAACACAUCGGUAGACGAUAGUAGAUCAAGUGUCCCUUGUUUCCAUAACUUUCUGCUUUUUUUUGUUUCACGUGUCUUGGGUUAUGAUUGUUGUUUGCUAGUGCAUACAUAUGGUGCUCUUCUUUUACAGGCUUCUUACGUGCAUAUCAUCAAGCUGUACCUAUACUUACAUAUUUCAUUGAGCAG